CCCAAUCAUCAUAUUUUCAAAUUCUAGUAAUGUUGCUAAUUCCAAAAAGAAAAAAACUCGUUAAAUUGAUAAACCAUCUGAAUGACUUGUGGGGAAACGUAAAAGACAAAGAGGAAGCGGAAGUAGUAAUGGGCUAUGCUACCGUCGCAUUGUACCUAACUAAUGGUUUUUCUGUAAACGUAUUUUUUGCCCUACUUGGUCUACUGGUACAACCAUUGUUUUCCGAAUUUGUUUACGACACAAACGGAACGAUAAUAAUCAGCAAGCAAUUACCAUAUUCAAGUGGAAUACAUUACGAGGACGUUAGAAUUUUUAAUAUUUGGUAUAUGCUGCAAAUACCAGCCGGUGUGAUAAGUAUUAUUCCGAUUAUUGGAAUUGAUACGGCUGUUGCAUUCUUUGUCUUUCACGCAUGCGCUCAUUUUAAGUUGUUACAAUACCAAAUAUCGAAAUUAAAACCCAUUAAUAGUAGGAAUUGUUUGAAAAAUGAUGAUGAAACUUUUGAGGAUAUAGUGAGAGUUAUAAAGUUGCAUCAACAAGUAUUGAACUAUUCAUCAGCAGUGGAAGAUGUCUUUAGUUCAGUCGUACUUUUGCAGACUAUUUUGAGUAUAACCGCCAUCUGUGGAUUUGGCUUCAAUUUUCUAAUGGUUGAUGGAGGACAUAAUACCGCAACCUAUGCUGUUCACUUGAUUGGGGGUAUUUUUCAACUUCUGAUUUUCUGUUGGCCUCCGAAUUGUCUACUUCUUGAAAGUAUGAAUAUCGGAUUAAGUGCCUAUGAUUCACCCUGGUACGGUUGGACGAAAAAAGAAAGAAAACUGAUAGAAAUUAUUACCUUUCGAUCGCAGAGAGCGGCGUAUUUAUCGUCCGGAAAGUUUGCUUACAUGUCCCUGCAGGCUUUCACAUCAAUAUUGUCGUCAGCUUUUUCGUUCUUCACUCUUUUACGACGUGUCGUGUAA